AUGAACGAUACCUAUUUCAAAAUAGUGCUUGCGUGUAUACCAAUUCUAGGCACUAUCAUCACUACUAUUAUUAUCCCAUACAUAAAAACCCGAAUUGAUGCACAGAAGUUAGCAACCUAUACCGAGUGGGCUGACAAGGCUGUGUGGUGCGCACAGCAGAUUUACACUCCAGAGCAAUGGGCAGAGAAGAAAACAUACUGCAUCAACUUUCUUGCAGACCAUUGUGCAGGCAUUACAGCCGACCAAAUCAACGUGCUUAUUGAAGCUGCGGUGAAGGAACUGAAACUUGCAGAGAAGGCUGUGGAGGGCGUUCCAGCAAUCACAGGAACGAUUGUCAGUUUUUUUGUAAAAAAGGUUGAUGAGAACAACACACAGACACAGGCUCUCAAAUUAGGUAUGCAGGCUUUGCUUCGUCACGAAUUGUAUGGAAUGUAUGACAGAGCGUGCAAGAGUGGCAACAAGUCCGUUGAGGAGCUGGAAGAUUUUGAAAAUAUGUACAACAUCUAUCACAACUUGGGUGCAAAUGGUGUUAUGGACACAAUAGCAAACGAGUACAAGAACAAAAUACCUUUGAGAUAG